CGUGCGCAGUGCGGCGGGUGCGGGGUGGCCGCCAUGGCCGCGCUGUACCAGAGUGUUGACCCCUCGGCCUCGGCCUCGGCCUCCCCCAACAAGCUCCUGGCGCUGAAGGACGUGCGGCAGGUGAAGGAGGAGACCACACUGGACGAGAAGCUCUUCCUGCUCGCCUGCGACAAAGGUGAUUAUUACAUGGUUAAGAGACUGUUGGAAGAGAACAGCUCCGGUGAAAUGAACAUAAAUUGCGUGGAUGUGCUUGGGAGAAAUGCUGUUACCAUAACCAUUGAGAAUGAAAAUUUGGACGUACUCCAGCUUCUAUUGGAUUAUGGCUGCCAGUCAUCAGAUGCACUUUUGGUUGCUAUUGACUCAGAAGUAGUGGGAGCUGUUGAUAUACUACUUAAUCAUCGACCAAAACGAUCUUCAAGACCAACUAUUGUAAAACUAAUGGAACGUAUUCAGAACCCAGAGUACUCAACAACCAUGGAUGUAGCACCUGUCAUUUUAGCUGCUCAUCGAAACAACUAUGAGAUCCUUACAAUGCUACUGAAACAGGAUAUAUCAUUACCCAAACCUCAUGCUGUGGGCUGUGAAUGCACACUGUGUACUGCAAAAAAUAAGAAAGAUAGUCUACGGCACUCCAGGUUUCGUCUUGACAUCUAUAGGUGUUUGGCCAGUCCGGCUUUAAUAAUGUUAACAGAGGAGGAUCCUAUCCUAAGAGCUUUUGAACUUAGUGCAGACUUAAAAGAAUUAAGUCUUGUUGAAGUUGAAUUCAGAAAUGAUUAUGAGGAGUUAGCCCAGCAGUGCAAAACCUUUGCUAAAGACUUGCUUGCACAGGCACGAAACUCACGUGAGCUUGAAGUUAUUCUAAACCACACAUCUAGUGAUGAGCAUAUAGAUAAACGAGGAUUGUUAGAAGAGAGGAUGAAUUUGAGUCGCUUAAAGCUUGCCAUCAAGUAUAAUCAAAAGGAGUUUGUUGCCCAGUCUAACUGUCAGCAGUUUCUCAAUACUGUAUGGUUUGGACAGAUGGCAGGCUACCGACGCAAACACACUUGUAAGAAGAUUUUGACUGUUUUGACAGUUGGCUUUUUUUGGCCAGUGCUGUCCCUGUGUUACUUGUUAGCUCCAAAAUCACGAGUAGGUCAAAUAAUUCACACUCCUUUUAUGAAGUUUAUUAUUCAUGGAGCUUCAUAUUUCACGUUCCUGUUGUUGCUUAACUUGUACUCACUUGUCUAUAAUGAAGAUAAGAAGAACACAAUGGGGCCCGCACUUGAGAGAAUAGAUUAUCUUCUGAUAAUAUGGCUUAUUGGAAUGGUGUGGUCAGAUGUUAAAAGACUCUGGUAUGACGGCUUAGAAGACUUCUUAGAAGAAUCUCGUAAUCAACUAAGUUUUGUCAUGAAUUCUCUCUAUCUGGCAACGUUUGCUCUCAAAGUUGUCGCUCAUAACAAGUUCCAUGGCUUUCGUGAGAGGAUAAAGUGGGACGCAUUCCAUCCUACACUUGUGGCAGAAGGUCUCUUUGCUUUUGCUAAUGUUCUCAGUUACCUUCGACUCUUCUUCAUGUAUACCACCAGCUCUAUCCUAGGGCCACUGCAGAUUUCAAUGGGCCAGAUGCUACAAGAUUUUGGAAAAUUCUUGGGGAUGUUCCUUCUUGUCUUGUUUUCAUUCACAAUUGGAUUGACCCAACUGUAUGAUAAAGGAUUUCCUGUCAACAAUGACAAGGACUGUACCGGGAUCUUCUGUGAACAGCAAAGCAAUGACACAUUUCAUUCGUUUAUUGGCACCUGCUUCGCUCUGUUCUGGUACAUAUUCUCUCUAGCACAUGUAGCAAUCUUUGUCACUAGAUUUAGCUAUGGUGAAGAGUUGCAAUCUUUUGUGGGGGCUGUAAUUGUUGGGACCUACAACGUAGUGGUUGUGAUUGUCCUUACCAAGCUUCUAGUGGCAAUGCUUCAUAAAAGUUUUCAGCUUAUAGCAAAUCAUGAAGAUAAAGAAUGGAAAUUUGCUCGUGCCAAACUUUGGCUUAGUUACUUUGAUGACAAAUGCACACUGCCUCCACCUUUCAAUGUCAUUCCUUCGCCCAAGACCAUCUGCUAUCUCUUUAACAGCCUCAGUAAAUGGAUCUGCUCUCAUACUUCAAGUGGCAAAGUAAAACGUCAGAAUAGUCUGAAGGAAUGGAGAAAUUUGAAGCAAAAGAGGGAUGAGAAUUACCAAAAGGUGAUGUGUUGUUUAGUCCAUCGUUACCUGACCUCCAUGAGGCAGAAGAUGCAAAGCACGGAUCAGGCGACUGUGGAAAACUUGAAUGAACUACAGCAAGAUUUAUCAAAAUUUCGAAAUGAAAUGAGGGACCUACUUGGUUUUAGGACCUCGAAAUAUGCUAUGUUUUAUCCAAGAAACUAGAGCCUGCAUUUUCACAGGGAAGUGUUUAACACUAAGCGCCUACAACUGAAAAUGUUGGCUUAAUUCUGACACUAAACCAAAUAAAAAAAAAUAUUGUUGUGCACACAUUUGAAAAUGUUUGCGUAAGCUGUAGCUAAGAGUUGGAAAGUAAUGCAAAAGGCAAGUCAUUCUGUUGAAAUUCUUUGUGAAUGGUGUGUGAAGCAUAGUAUGUAAAAUAUGUAUAUAGUUUUUUUUAAAAAAGAAAUAUGUGGAUUGUGACCUGUCACAACAGCUAGUAGGCUUAAGAUCUUCCUGGCUGGCAUGCAUAUUGCAUUUGCCUUUGUGUGUGUGUGUGUGUGUGUGUGUGUGUGUGUGUGUGUGUUCAUUUUGCUUGUUUUUUAAGAUGUGGGAGAAGAUGGUAUUUUAAAAUACUUCAGAAAGCACCAAGUUUAUUUUUAAUAGAAAUGUAAAAGUAGUAAAGUUGGUAAUUAUGAUUUUCUAACUGAUUGUGAUAUAAACUUGAAGACUGCAUGAAUCUGGAAAAGACUACUACCAGAUUUUAUACAUGACAUUGACAGAAUGCUAAUAGCCAUGAAACAGAAAAUCAAAAUAAACGUAAGAUUUUGAAGACUUUCCUAUAUAUUGCAGGUUGGUAGAGAACGUUAAAAUUUUGGAUUUAAAAACCAAGUUCCAUAGAUCGACUUU